AUGCAAAUAAAGGUGAUCACUAAUCAUUAUAAUAAUAAUAGUUUAGCUGCUGAUCCUAAUUGUUUGUCACCUGACAACCAAAUAGUUCAGUGGUGGUAUAUCAAGAAACUACCAUUGUCAAAUGGAUAUCUUUACAUUGAUGAUCAAUCAACUAUUCAAUAUGCAAUUGAUCUAUCGAGUUCUGAGAGCAGUCUUGGUCGUACACUUGAAAGUAUUAAGUCGAGUCAGGUUUUAAUGUUCAACAAUAAACCAUGGAAAAUUAAUAGUAAUCUUGGAAAUCAAUAUUCAGCAAUCAAUUCACAAUGGAAUGUUAAUCAAUACGGUCAGUCCAAAGGUAUCAUUGCCAUAUCUUCAUCCUCCGGAAAUGGUAUUCAUGUUAAGCAUACACUACCAGGUUUCCCUGCUAUCGUUGUUGACAGUCAAAAUAUUGUAACACCAUCCAGCAACACCAAAUGGUUACCAAACGACUAUCAUUUAGCAGAUGAUCAACCUAUAAAUUUGAAUGUUGGUCAUUCUUUUCUCUGUCAUAGAUUCGAUACUUUGAAUGACAAGUUUGUAGACACAUUGCUCCCAUUGGUUCCAUACAUCUACUUUAACACUCUUACCGGUUCCAAUAGCUUGCUAUUCAAUCGGCUAUUCACAAAUUAUACCAUUGACACCUCCAACAAAUUAUUAACAAUCAACAAUAUCGAAAUAUUGAGUGGUAAACAAUCAAACACUUUGCCAAAUUUGAAAGGUUAUAUAACAAUGCCAAGAGUAAUUGAUACUUUGGUUCCACAAAAUAGUUUAGGUUUAGUAGAGAAUAGAUUUCCAUAUGACUUUUCAGAACAAAUGGAUAUUCCAAUUGAAGACAGGCAAUGGAAAUCAGAGUUGGAAAUGGCUGGAUUCGCAUUCAACACAACACAUUUGUGUUUGGUUGAUUUCCACUCCACUGUCCAAUCAUCUCUUGGAAUGACAUUGUGUAUUAAGACGCAGAGUGAAGCUAUCAAUACAUUCUUGAUAACGACGGUCUACAAAACAAUUACACAAGCCUGUGCUUUUGCUAACUGUGGUAAUGUAGUUCAGAACGAUUACAUUGGAGAUGGUCAAGUCCGAUUCGAAAUCAAUACGGUCAGCACAAACAUCGGUGCAUUACUCUCACAGACUCCUUUCGAUCCUAGUUUUGUAGAUACUGACAUAACAGUGACUGCAAUUCCCGGAUCGAAUAUCGAUUGUUCAUCCGAUUGCAUUGCUGCAUUCAAAGAGCAAACACUCUAUCAAACCGAUGAUAUUGCAAUGAUUGAUAUUAAGAAGUAUCAUAGUCGCCAAACUUCACUACAACUUAGAGAUAGAAAGAGAAACAUUGUUAUUAUAACAUCGGAUAAUCAAAACUCUGUUUAUUCAACUGUUUUGAAUUAUCAAGAUAACAUUUUCACACCGAAUGUAGUUGCUGUUACCACUUUAGAUACAAAUAUAUUUAUAAUGUAUAGAACAUUACAAAUGUUAAUUGAUAUCUAUCCACUACCACCAACAACACCACCAUCACAACUUUAUAUAAAAAUAAGCACACAACACACAGCAAUUAUAAAUAAUAACACAAACUACGAAUUUGAUCUUGAUAACCUUUGUAUUGAUGACUUAUUCCUUAGUUAUAGUUAUCAUUACAUCACAUCACUCAACACCAACUAUAAAUUAAUAGAACUAAAUAUCAAUGAGAGAAUUCAACACAUUGAAAAUGACGAAUUGGCUGCAACCUUUAUAUCAUUAGUUUAUUCAUUCGCGCUUAAAUUUAAACAAGAGGUGUUUCCAUUUUUAUCAACAGAUUCUAAACAAACUAUUCAUUGUUCUUCACCGAUUUCAAUUGAAAGUUAUCAAAAGAAUGGAGUUGCACAGCCAGUUGCCCAAUCCUCUGGACUUAUCAGUUCAUUUAUUUGGGAUAUAAUUGAUAACCAAGCAGACCAAGAUGAGGUAUUCUACCAAAAUACAUUCACAAGUGGAUUGGAUGAAAUAUCAUUCCCAUUGCUAGUUGAGAUCAUCAAGGAGAAUGUUCCAUCCGACAUCUUUACAAUCAUAGAUAUCCUAAAAACAAAGAUAGUCAGCAAGGUAGAUGAUCCUACUAUGAUCUUUGAUAAUCUAGAUCGUAUAAUGUAUUUAAAUUAUAUCUAUAAAUGUAGUUUUUGUAUUAAUCAAAAUUCAAGUGAUAUACCUAUUGAUCCUAUCUUGGAUAAGUUUAAAAGAUCUCAAGUAUGUGAAACCGAUCUGUAUUCAAUUCCUCUCGGUAAACUGUAUGAUACUUUUGGUAAAUGGGCACAAUCCAAUACGAGUGAUAUUACUACUAGUUCAGUUUGGUCGACUCUGUAUGAUUCUCCUUUUAAAUCUAUGAUGGCAUCAUCCAAAUGGUUAAGAGAUCUCAUUGGCACUAGAGACCGAUAUUUUUGUGAUGUACCGGCACAUGAAUUUGACCCAUACAACCCAGUCACUCCGUUAGGUGUCGAUAUCGUUACUGAAAUGCUUCUGUACUUGGUGGAAACAACUGAGCGGGUUAUUAACUAUAACGAUCAAAUGGCAACCUAUUACAUUCCCAGUGAAUUGGUCGAAGGUGAAGAUGAAGGUUUUGUCAUUAUUACAUACUUUGGCAAGCUAUGUAAUUUCGUUCCAUCUACAUUGGUAAAUUUUGAAAAUGGUGAUAUUCUCUCUAGAUGUCAAUCGGAUCCUGUAGUUCUCUCGGUUGGUCCGCUCACCUCCGCCACCAAGGAUGAAACAACACUCGUUAUCAAUGGUAGAAAUCUUGAAUAUUUCGAAUUGCAUUUCGGUGAUCAGAUCAUUGAAAAUUGUGAAUAUACAACCGCUAGAGACUAUAGCCAAGUUCAGUGUAUGCUUCCGUCUGGUCUUGGAGUCAAAACUCUAUCUGUAAUCAGUUCAAUCGAAGAUGCACUCCGACUUCCAAAUUCUUUUGAAUUCAGAUAUUUACAACCUGUUAUCUCCUCUAUUACACCGAGUGGUCCGUUCAAUACGAUCGGUUCCGAAGUGACCGUUACUGGUAGUAACUUUUUCUCGCGAUCAUCAACAGUCAAUGACAUCAAGUUGAGUAUUGGUGGUAUUCCUAUUCCAGUGGUCUCUGGUGGCUUCGAUGGUGGUGUCAACGAAUAUUUCAUUUUCAGAACGAAUGGUACUGGAUACAACAAGAACAUCUCCAUUGAGAUUGGUGGUCAGAUCUAUGAAGAUCUAGCGAUAAUCGAUCAUAAGCCACCACAAAUCGAUUCAAUUUCAAAUGUAUUGUGGAAGACUAGCGGUGAAGAAGUGAUUAGAGUAAUUGGCUCUCAAUUUGGUGAUCCAAAUCUUGACUAUUCAUCUUGGCCAACAAUUAUUGGAAGUGUAGAUUGUCAUGAUAUCCAAAGAAUAAGUGACAAUGAAAUCUAUUGUUUGUCAAAUGCAGGAUAUGGAAAAGCACAGCAGUUCAGUAUUAUUGUUGAUGAGCAACAAUCGAAUUUCUUGAACUACGAUUAUUUCGCACCAACCAUACUCCAAGUAGUACAAGAGCCAUUCAACAACACUGCCUAUGCUGGAUACUUUUGGAUUGCCGGUAUUAAUUUUGGAACGUUCACAUAUGAUAUUCCAUAUGUUAAUAUUACCAAGCAUUUCUAUCGACUUGAUAGCUGUGACGUUGAUGAAUCUUGCCAUUUCAACAAAACAUAUUUUGACGAAAAUUAUCAAGUCAUUGAAACACCAAAACAUCAGACUCCAGGAAUGUUCGAUCCAUACAUUGAGUUAAGUACUAUCUUUAGAGAUUCCGUUGAUUUCGAAUGUAUCAUUUGUUGGAUGCCCGCCGGUGUUGGAAUGGACAAUGUUGUUAUUAUCGAAAUAGGUGAUCAACUAUCAGGUAACUCAACGGAACCACUCGUAUUCCCAAGACCAUUAAUCAAUAAGGUGGUCACCAAUACUUUAGUAACCGAUGGUUCAACAAUUUCAAUUAUUGGAAUCAAUUUCUCACCAAAUGAACCGAAAUUCAUCUAUGACAUUGAGACUGAUACUGAAACACCGGUUCCAACCAUCAAUUAUGAAGGUGGGUUCGACAGAAGUAACCUUUCAAUUGGACACUACCACAUCAAGAAUAUGACUUGGGAGAAUUCAACAUUGAUAGUUGCAGAGAUUCAACCAGGUGUUGGUGCAAAUCUCACUAUUACUUUGUUUUUAGCAAAUCAGUUAAUGCUAAACUCUCCAUUUGAUAAUAAUCUCUUUAAUUUCUCAUAUGAAAGACCAAAUAUUUCAGAGAUUGUUGGAGCUUUCAAUACAAGUGGAAAUAAUAUUAUCACUAUAUACGGUUUCAAUUUCAUUCCUACCAAUAAAACAUACUUGACUCAAUCUGACCUCGAUACAAGCUACCUCCAGAUCGGUGAAAACAACUGUUCCUCACCCACAUGGAUAAAUUCCACUUGUUUCACGUGCAUUCUACCUCCUGGAAUUGGUGGUAACUUGACAUUGAAUGUUUUAAUUGGAAAUCAACCAAAUAUCGAGGGACUUAUGAACUUUUCAUAUUCCAGACCAAUAAUUGUCAGUUCAGAUUCAAGUGAUACCAAAGGUGGGUCAAAGAUUACAAUUCAUGGCUAUAAUUUUAUUCCACAAAUAGUGCUCGAUCCUAAAGAUUCAAAAGUAUUCGUCAAAUCAAGUGAAUGUAUAGAUAUAAAGUGGAUCGAUCAUCAAAGAAUAGAAUGUUCAUCGCCAGCUGGUAUUGGUAGAAAUCAAACUAUCUUUGUUGCAAUUGACAAUCAAAACACAACAGCAAAUAUCUUCAACUAUAAUCCACCAAAGAUUGUCGAAGUACCAAAGGUUACAACACAAGGUGAAUCGAUUACAAUCAAAGGAUCCAAUUUCAUUCCCAAUGGGAUUUCAACCGUUGAAUCCAAUGUGACAAUCAAUAAUGUAGUUUGUUCUGAUGUGACAUUCAUUGAUGAAUCGCAAAUAUCAUGCACUUUCCAAAAAGGUAUUGGUAAAGUGAUUCCUUUGGAGAUCUUUAUUGGCGGUCAAAAUGUCAGAGGAAACUUUAGUUAUAAAGUUCCUGAAAUCUCAGAGAUUCCAAAUAGUGAUACAUCUGGCUCAAUAAUCACAAUCACUGGAGACAACUUUAUUCCAAAAGAUGUUCCAGAUGGUGGUCCAUCAUCAAGCUAUGCUGAUAUUAAUGGAAAGAAAUGCACAGAUUAUCAAUGGAUAGAUUACAAUCAAUUUUCAUGUAAAAUUCCAAGUGGAAUUGGAAAGAACAUACCUUUCAAGCUAUUCAUUGGAAAUCAAACACAUACAAUCAAUCAUCAGAUUUCUUACAAUAAACCUUCACUACCAUCAAACUCUGAUUAUAACGGACCAACAAAAGGUGAAUUCAACUUGGUUAUCAGUGGAUCAAACUUUGUUCCUUCAAACUUGGCAUCAUCGACACCGACCAAUGAUCAAAACAACUAUGUCAAGAUUGGUGGAAAAUCAUGCCAAUCACUAACUUGGAAAGAUUCAAAUUCUUUGCAAUGCAAGAUUCCACCUGGUACAGGCCAGAAGAAGUCAAUUGAAAUCAAAGUUGGAGGUCAAAUCAAUGAUCAAAAUACCUUUUUCUCAUAUCAAAAGCCAAUAAUCACAGAAAUCAAACCAAAUAGAGGAAGAAUGGCGAGAAAUACAAUUGUAGAAAUUGUUGGAUCAAACUUUGGAAAUAUCAAAGAUACUGUUACCAUCGAUGGUCAAGACUGUCCUGUUUUCACUUGGAAUCAUGAAUCUAUUGUAUGUGUUGCGCCACAAUCAACAAACGAAGGUUCGAAAACAGUUUCAAUUACAGUUGAUUCACAACAGUCCAACCAAGAUAUCACGUACACCUACUAUGACAAACCAAAGAUAGAUCGAAUUGAACCAAAAGAAGGAUCUGUGGAUGGUGGUGAGGAAAUCACAAUCUAUGGAUCCAAUUUAAUUGAAGAAACUAGCACUUUGAAAGUAUAUUUCAAGAACCUUGAAUGUUCAAUCGUAUCUUCGACCAACGAUCAAGUCGUUUUCAUAAACAAACGCGGAGGUGGUCAAAACAUUGAAAUCUACAUUAAGCAUAUAAAUCCUGAACUUUCAGAUCAAAUUUCAAACAAAAAUAGUGAAUUCUCUUAUUCAGCUCCAUCAAUAACAAGUAUUGAUCCUUCAUCAGGAGAUAAGGAUGUAAGAAGAUUGAUUCAAAUAAGUGGUUCAAAUUUGGGUCUUUUUGGAGAAGAUACAGUGGUAACAGUUGGUUCUCAAGACUGCUCUAAUGUGCAAGUAUUCUCAUCAUCCAAAGUAUCAUGUAUUGUUCCAACCUCACCUGUUACAACCAUUGCAACUGUCCAGUUGACAUUCUAUUCAAGAUCUACCACUUCAACCUAUCAAUAUACUGAAGAGGACAGCAGUAGUAGUGAGAGUAGCAGUGAGAGUAGUAGCGAGAGUAGCAGUAAUAGUGAAAGUGGAAGCCAAGAAGAAGAAAAGCCAAAAAUAACUUCACAAGAACUCUUUAUUCUUGGAAUUCCUCCAAUAGAAUGGACAUCUACACCGAUUCUAAACAUACCUGUGAUAGUUGUUUUUACGUUGACAGGUCCCAGUCCAAUAGAAAUAUUCUCAAAGACAAUGAAAUUGAUUCCACCACCAGACUUUACCUAUCCAUUCUCUGAUUUUGAUUUAAUCAAAAUAGAGUGGGGAAAGAUUGCAUCUGCUGUAAUCACUGGCACAAAGAUAAAGGUUAAUAUUAAAUUCAAUAUCAAUUUCAAACUAAAGAGUGGCAAGUCAUGGUCAUGCGAGACCGAUGGUUCAGACGGUGACGAUAAGGAUGAAGAUGGAUGGCCCAGACCAAGCGAGGAGAAUGGUGUUGAUCAGGGUAAAUUCCCUGCAUGGCUAUUACCAGAAGGAAGUGAUCCAAAUCAAAUACCCGAAGUACUACCAUUGCCACCUUCACUCCAACUCAAGACUACGAUCAAAGGUCGUUUGUUUGACGAUAGAAACUUCAACAUGAAAUUGGAUUCCAAUGACAUUCCUAUUGGUGGCAAAUUAUUUACAAUUGGUGUUGCUCAAGGAGAUGACUUUAUUUUUGGUAAGGUAUCUCAAGAUGGUACCUAUGAGAUCGUGGUAGACCAACAACAACUUGGACUAUAUACACUAUUCAUCACUUCAUCGCCAAACUUUGAAAAUCCAUCAUAUUUCCUUCCACAAACAAGAUUCCAUAUCCCUAUUACAUUUGAGGGUUGGGAGCAAAAUAUUCCAUUAUUUACAAAAUCAGGACUUGGAUGCCUAGGAACUGUUGAAACCUAUUCAAAGAAUGUAACAUUACAAUAUGGUGAUUAUAAUCUUUUGGAUUAUGGAGUAUAUAUGUUUGAAACUACAACACUAAAAUUCCCAGAUUAUUGUUUAGUCAAUCAAGUUGGUCAAAAGAUAUCAAUAAGAUACAAAACAACACUCGAUUUAUCAUUGUUCUUAGAUACCAAUUUGGACGGUGAGAGAGAUACUUCAAUUUCAUCAGCCAAUUUCGAUAUUAUAUCAAAAGUAGAUGGAAAACAGUUAAUCAGAAGCUAUUCAUAUCCAAUUAGUAAAGCUAUUGAUUUACCAUCUAGCUCAGUUAUUAGAUUCAAACCAAAUCUUGUAAUUACACCGAUUAUCAAUAACUAUGUUAUCGAUGUUGACGAUCCUACAAAGAUUUCAACUGUCUCUGUAACACUUGGAUUCUUAAAUGUUCCACCAUCCAAGACAUUGGCAUUCACUAGCACCAACUCACAAUCACUCUCACUCGCCUUUGGAAAGUACACCAACCAAUUCUUUGACAAUAUCGAUUGGAUAGAAAGCUCAUUGUCUUUCACACCAAGAACCAACCAAACUGUAAUAUUCACCAAAGAUGGUCAAGUAAACGGAAGAAUCAUUACACCAAAUGGAAAUGAGUUUUUACUUGACAAAAUAACCUAUGGAAACAUUGAAAUUGUUAAUCAAUAUCUAUUUUCAAAAUCAAUUCCAAUAACUGGUGGUAGGAUUGUUAUUAGUAAUGACUAUUCAUAUAAAUCGGCAUCAUAUUUUGUGGACUCUGUUCAAAUAGAAUGUAAUCCCAUUGAUAUUGGAUUGGAAUGUACAAUUCCAGAGUGGAGUGGUGGUCCAUUAUCUAAAGUAAUCACAUCGAGAUGGAAUGAUAUGGAUCUUUAUAAUAUUCAUACUCUAACCUAUUUACCAUCCGAUCCGACGACCUCUACGACAUCCACCACAUCUACUACAUCUACCACAAGUACAACCGGUGAGAUUAGCAGUACAACUGAUAGUACAACUGGUGGAGAUGGUGGAACAUCGAUUACCUAUUUCUAUGGAUAUAUUUAUAAUGAUACCAACUUUAACAAUAUGUACGAUGAAGAAGAAUCAUUUUUAGCAAACACGAGUAUUCAGAUUUUUGGUCCAAGCUUUGACCUCAUAACAUCGAGUAACUCAAGUGGAAUAUUCUUUUAUGAUAUCACACAACCUGGAAACUAUAUUAUUAAAUUGCUUAAUAAUGAUGAAGAAACACCAUACUUUAUGCCAACCCAAUAUAUUUCUAUUACUGUUACCAACCAAAUUGAAAUUAAAAGAAAUAUUUCGGUAUUUUGGAAAUCUAUCUUUGGAUGUGUUGGAACAAUUACCAAUGAAGAAAGCGAAUCGAUUACUAUUCAAUAUGGAUCAUUUAAUUUAUCGAAUUUCAAUUAUAACUAUAGCUCAGAGUAUCACACUUUCUCUUUCCCAUCUAUUUGCAAUAUUAUUUUACAACAAUCAAUAAUCACAGUUGGAUACAAAUCAAAAUUGAAUCUAACCUUAUUUUUGGAUGAUAACUUUAAUGGUUUGAAUGAUGAUAAUGCAACAUAUCCAGUCCAAAUAUCAGUUCUAGUUCAAUCGAAUUUGAAUGGAGAACAAUUAAAUAGAUAUUAUAAUGUUAAUUCAGUUCCAUCCUUCAUUGUUACUGAUGUCCCAGGAGAAUCAUUCGUUUAUGUUUCAAAGAAUGUUGAAUCAUCGAACACCACUAUUUCCCUGAACAACAUAACAUAUUCGAUUGAACAACCAACAACCAUUUCAACUACAUUUGACAACUUAAUAUUAUUCAAGUCCAAUCCGAAUAACAGUAUCACCUUGUUCAACGACAUUACAACAUCCAACUUUUCAUUGACAAUCCCAUAUGGGAAAUUCAAUUCAUCAUUCUUUAAUAAUAUUUCAUGGAAUAAUUCAAUAUUGGCACUCACAACAAAUUCAGAUCAACAUGUAGCAUUAACUUUACUCAAUGGAUCAACUAUUUUAAUUAGAAAUAAUCAAUCUUCAACCAUUAUAAAUCUCAACAUAACAUCAAUUGAAUUGAUCUUUUUCGACCUAUUCAAUAAUAUUACAAUAACUCCAUUAAGUGGAGGAACAAUACAAUUGAAUAAUAUCUUUUGGAACUAUUCGGUACAACCAGAAUUAAUUGUUGAAGGAUCACAGAUUAAUUGCUCCAUUUCAAUUGACCCAUCAUUUGUAAAUUGUUCAGUUCCGCCAUAUUUGAUGGGUGAUUUCACAAAACCAAUAGUAAUGAAUUGGAAUGGAAUGAAUCUAUAUCACAUUGGUAAUAUUACAUAUGAAGCAUUAACAAGUACAACCUCUUCUGGUGAAAGCACAACCACGACAAGUACAACUGAUAUUGGAACAACUUCAGACAGCACAACCACCACUACUUCCUCUGGUGACAGUACUACAGGUACAACCUCUUCUGAUGAAAGCACCCCCACCACUACUUCCUCUAGUGACACUACAGGUACAACUGAGAUUGGAACAACUUCCUCAGACGGCUCAACUUCAAAUGAUGACAGUACUACCUCUACAGGUGAAAGCACAACUUCAUUAACAGGUACAACUGAUUUUGGAACAACAUCCCCUGAUGACAGCACAACCAGCACUACUACCUCGACAGGUACAACCUCUUCAACAUCCUCUGUUGAUACUGGAGUGCCAGACAUUUCAACUAAUGGUUUCUAA